AUGCUGGAAGGUCUUGUCGCCAACCUGCUCAACCGCUUUCUGGGCAUGUACGUGAAGAAUUUCGACCCCAAGCAGCUCAAUGUCGGUAUAUGGUCGGGCGACGUCAAGCUGCGCAACCUCGAGUUGCGACGAGAGGCACUGGACCAGUUGCGGCUCCCAAUCAAUGUGGUUGAAGGCCGGUUGGGCGAGCUGACGCUGUCAAUUCCCUGGUCCAAUCUGAGGGCCAAGCCGGUCAGAGUCAACAUCGAGGACGUCUUCCUACUAGCGGCGCCCAAAGAGGAGGAUGACUACGAUGCGGAAGAGGAGGAGAAGCGGGCCGUGGCCGUCAAGCUGGAGAAGCUCGAAAGCGCUGAACUGCUGAAGGAACAAAACACCGAGGCAAUGAGCGCCGAAGAGCAGCAGAAGAGCCAGAGCUUUACCCAAAGCUUCGUGACCGCCAUCGUCGACAACCUGCAAGUCAGCAUCAAGAACGUGCACGUGCGGUACGAAGACUCGAUCGCAACUCCCGGCCAUGCCUUCGCAGUCGGCCUGACUCUGAAGGAAAUGAGCGCCGUGUCGACCGAUGCAGACUGGCAACCGACAUUCAUCCAAUCCACCUCGGGCACCACCCACAAGCUGGCCGUCCUCAACUCGCUCGCGCUGUACUGGAACAGCGAUGCCGAUCUGUUUGGCACAGGCAAAGGUGGCGAUGUGGGUGCCGACGCACAGGAGAUUGACAAGGACGAACUGAUACGUCGUUUCAAACAAGGCAUUGAAGAGACCGCGGGCCAUCAGUACCUCCUCAAGCCAGUCAGUGGGCGUGCUGGGAUCGAGCUCGACAAGACCGGUCAAACGGGCAAGCCUAAGACCAAGGCACGUCUUCUUUUCCAGGAGCUCGGCUUCAUCAUUGACGAAGAUCAAUAUCGCGACGCUCUGAUGCUGGUUGACCUCAUGCACUACUUUGUCCGUCACCACGAGUACAAGAAGAAUGCGCCAAAAGAGACCCCCAAGGAGAACCCUCGCGCUUGGGUCAAGUUCGCUGGCCAAGCCGUGCUGGAGAAGAUACAUGAACGUAACAGAAAGUGGACCUGGGACUACUUCAAGGAGCGCCAGGACACUCGUCGCAAAUAUAUCGAACUGUUUAAAAAGAAGAAGAAAGAGCAAAAGUUCACGGAGCAGGAGACAAAGGAAAUGACACAACUGGAGCACGACCUGAGCUACGAGGAUCUGCGCUUCUGGCGGUCUCUUGCCCGGAGCCAGUUGCGAAAAGAGAAUAUUGGGGUCAAGAAGCCUCCUCCCAAGCAGACGUGGUCAUCUUGGGUCUGGGGCUCGAAACCCAAAGAAAAGCAAGAAGAUGACGACGCCGGCAUGACCGAGCAGCAACGCAAGGAGCUCUACCAGGCGAUCGAUUGGGACGAGAAGAAAGCCAUCGCAGACGCUGUCGACCUCCCCCGUGAAACCAUCAAACUUCAGGUGGAAUCCAGUCUUAGGACCGGCAGCUUUACGUUGAAGCGAGACCCACACGGACAAUCAAAUGAUAUUCUCAAGCUAGUAUUCGACAAUUUCAAGCUGAAAGCCCUCCAACGGCCUGACUCGCUUCUGGCCGAUGUGGCACUCGGAGGCUUUCGUGUCUACGACGGCACGACUGAGGGUACACUGUUCCCACAGAUCGUCAAGGUCAAAGGUGCUGAAGAACAGCCCAAGGAAGGUGUUAAACAGGAAGAUAACCAGACACUCAGCGGCGAUGACGAUUCAGAAGCUGGCACAACGGAGAAGGCAGAGGAGGAUGACAGCUUGUUCCAUUUGGUCUUUGAGAACAACCCACUCGAUGAAAGUGCAGACACAAAGGUUGAUUUGAAACUCAAGAGUCUCGAAUUCAUCCACAACCCGAAGUUCGUGGUCGAAAUUGUCAAGUUUUUUAAGCCGCCCGAACGUCAAAUGGAGUCCAUUGGUGCCUUGCUCGAGACUGCGGGCGCGAGUAUCGAAGAGAUCCGCCAACAAACCCGUGCCGGCCUGGAGUUUGCGCUGGAGGAGCACAAGACCAUCAACGCGAACCUGGAUAUCCACGCCCCCAUCUUCAUUAUCCCGGAGAGCAUUACGGAAGAAAGCACGUUGUGCAUGAUCCUUGAUGCCGGUCACGUCAGCCUUAACAGCGAGCUUGUCGACAAAGAUACGAUACGGGACAUCCACUCAAAGCAGAAGCAACAAUACACGGAAGAGGACUACAAACAGCUCGAAGGCCUGAUGUACGACAAGUUCCAUUUGAAGCUCGAAUCUACCCAGGUGUUGAUAGGCCCGGGCAUCGAAGCAACAAGGGCGCAGCUAGAGGCCGAAGAGGAUUCGCAGAAUAUGCACAUCAUUGAUCGCAUCAACAUGGCUUUCCUCUUGGAAAAUUCAAUCAUACCCAAGGCCCCGGAUGUCACCAAGGUCCGCAUCUCGGGGUCCUUACCUGUUCUUCACGCCUCUAUCUCGGACAAGAAGUACAAGAACUUGAUGAGACUGAUAGAGGUCGCCAUCCCAAAGUUUGAGUCCACAGAGCCGCAGCCAAAUGGGAAUGCUAUCGAGUCGAAGCCUCAGCCUGUCGUCGAGGAGCAGCCCGCCUCAAAGCGAAAAUCCGUCCAAUUGCUCGAGGCUAAGGACCUGCCCAUUAUUGACCAUGAUUCCGACACCGAAGACAACCCUCCGGAGACACCCAACCAAACCGAAACUCCCGACACUCCAGCCAACAUCCACCAACGCAAUUUCGAGAUCAAGUUCACCGUGGAGAGGUUGCAGGCUUCGUUGUACAAGGCCGAUCCCGACGGCAAGAAGCGGGACCAGCUGUUGGUGGAGCUUGUCGUGGAGCACUUCUACUUCGACUUUUACCUUCGUCCUUACGACAUGGUGGCAGAAGUGCUCCUUCGGUCGCUCAGUGUGGACGACCACAUCGAAGAGCAACCACUACCAGAGUUCAAACAGAUAAUAUCUUCCAAAGGCUUCAAGGCCGACGACGGGAAAGACUUGCUCAACGUCAAGUUCGUCAAAGUCAACCCAGGUUCGCCCGAGUUCACCUCCACCUACGAAGGCAUUGCAACAAAUCUCGACGUUUCCGUGUCGACCAUCAACGUGGUAGUGACCAGACGUACGCUUCUGACACUCUUAGAUUUCGUUCUUACAACAUUUGCAAGUCCCGGUGGGCAACAACCUACUGAAGGGAAGCCGAACGAGGACGAACCUGAGGCCAUUCAAGAAGCUCCUCAGCAGAGUGCGCCGGCAGACAAGAUUAGAAUUAAAGCCGAGUUGACCAGCAUUGCACUGAUCCUCAACAACGACGGCGUACGGCUGGCCACACUGUCGUUAAACUCCGGGGACGUCGGCGUCUUUCUCAACGCAGGCACGAUGCAGAUCAAAGCAAGAUUGGGCAGCCUGUCCUUGGUCGACGACAUCAAUGAAGGUGCACCAGAAGAUUCACCCCUUCGUCGGCUAAUCGCCAUCGAAGGAGACGAUCUGGCCGACUUCAAGUACCAGACCUUUGAUUCUUCUCGUCGCGACUAUCCCGGGUACGAUUCCGGCAUCUAUCUCCGGUCCGGAUCAAUCAAAAUCAAUUUCAUGGAGGAGCCUUUCCGCAAAAUCAUGGAAUUCGGAGUCAAGUUUGGGAAGAUGCAAGCCAUCUUCAACGCAGCCCGGCAAGCUGCUGCGGACCAAGCGCAACAGGUGCAAGAGAGUGCGCAGAAGAUGCACUUCGACGUGGUCAUCAAGACGCCGAUUGUCGUUUUCCCGGGUGUUAUGGUUGAUGACAGGCCACGGGACCUUCUUACAGCUUACCUGGGCGAGAUCUAUGCGAGCAACAAGUUUGUCAGAGUGCAGGGUCAGAAGGAUGGACCGCUCGUCAACAAGCUGACUGCAGGCAUCAGGCAUAUUCGCCUCACUAGCGAAUUCCACUACGACAACGGGAACUCACAAGAGCUGGAGAUGAUUGAUAAGGUCGAUCUCGAUUUCAAGAUUAGAUAUCUUGAGCAUCAGUCCGGGCUCGAGAGACCAGAUCUUGAGAUUGAGGGAUCCAUGUCGCCCAUCAACCUCAGAGUAUCGCAGACCCAAGUCAAGUUCCUGAUGGAGUUGUCGAAGACCAUUCCGGCCGCUUUCGCGAUGGAGGACGAAAGCGAAGAGGACAUUGCCGAGGAGCUGCCAGCGUCGACAACAGAGAGUGCGACAGUGUCCGACCCUAACACGACCACAUCUCAAACGCCUGCCACGUCCUCUGACCAGGCUCCAGAGCUCGGCACUGGUGGUGAGACUUGGACCAAGUUGAAUCUGGUGUUCAAAGCCCCGAUGGUCAGCCUGGAGCUACUUCUUGCCGAAGAAGGCGAGCCGAUUGAGAAUCUCGAAGCAGCCAGUCUUUCCAAAUUUGCCAUCAACGAAACCGGUGUCAAGCUAAGAAUGCUCAGCGACGGUGCGCUGGAAGCAGAGCUCAUGGUUCAUUCGUUCACGAUCCGGGACAGUCGCACAAAGGAGACCAACAAGUUCCGCAAGAUCAUGUCCUUGAUCAACAACGACGUGCAGCAACAGUUCAUGGCCAACAUCUCCAUAUCCGGUGGUGACGACCGCCACAUGAUCGUCAUGCUGACCAUCGACAGUCCUCGGAUCAUUGUGGCUUUAGACUACGUCUUUGCUCUCCAGUCUUUCGCGAACACGGCAUUGCAGUCCACGGAGCCUCCACCCGUCGCCGAGCAAGAAGAGCUCACUGAAAACGGCGAGGAAAAUCCGGAGGAAGAAGUGGACGAGGCAGAAGAUGCUGCCACAGAGGUCGACUCAGACGCGAAACCGUCCAUGACGGUGUCAUUCCGUGUUAACGUCGUAGAUGCUCAGAUUAUUUUGAUCGCCAACCCUACCAUCUCGAACACCGAGGCCAUUGUUCUGGGCACCAAAGAAGUCCUUGUGUCCCAGCAAAAUGCGACUACGCUGCAAAUCACCAAGAUUGGCAUGUUCCUGUGUCGGAUGGACCGCUUCGAGACCAGCCGUCUCCGUAUACUCGACGAUUUCAGUGCAUCGAUGUCCAUGGAGAAGCGAAGCCAAGGAAAGGAUUCGUGGUUGACCUCGAUUCAUAUUGGCGUGGAACCUCUGGUGCUUCGUCUGUCUCUUCGUGAUAUUCUGCUCGCGAUGCAGAUUGUCAGCAAAGCCUCGUCUACCACACCGCAGCCAAAGAUGCAGCAAGAUACCGAACCGAAGAAACUCAAGGACGUCAAAGCAUCCUCCGAAGCUCCUUCUACCAGACGUAAAUCUCUCGCCGGGCAGUCAACACUGGCGCAGAGGUCUAGGCGAUCAAAAUCGAUCUCGAAGACCUCGCAGUCGAGUCCCCAGCAGCAACGCCGGCAAUGGGUCGUGUUAAGCCGGGAGGAGAUGACUGCGGAAGUGGACGGCAUCAGAGUCAUCCUCAUUGGGGACAUGCAUGAGCUUCCCAUGUUAGACUGGAGUGUCAAGAAGUUUGAUGUAGAGGUCCGCGAUUGGUCCAGCAGUCUCACAGCGGACACCAGGAUUGACACUUUCAUCAAUGUCUACAACUUCUCCAAGUCGGCAUGGGAGCCUCUAAUCGAGCCCUGGAACUUGGGCUUCCACAUGGCCAAGCAGCUUCACCCAGAGGUCCUUUCCAUGGAGCUGUAUUCACACAAGAACAUGGAGUUGACGGUUACAACAGCGACGAUAGCCCUCGCAUCCAAGUCGUUCAACUUCCUGUCGACUGACGAAGACAUCCUCUCCAAGCCUCGCGUGGCAGAUGCACCGUAUCGAAUCCGCAACUAUACUGGGUUCGACCUGAGCGUGUGGGCCGAUGAAAAAAGUGACAGCGCAGCCGCGGCCAAGCUCACCGACGGCGAAGAGUAUGCAUGGCGCUUUCAAGAUAACACGUCGAUGCGUGAAAGUCUCUCGCCCGAAGGCAAUGCUGGCCUGGUGGGUGUCAAGCUCGAAGGCAGCGGGUUCGAUAGCGUCACCCGCAUUCCUGUCAUCAGGGAGGGGGAGACUCUCUACAACUUGAAACCCAAGAAGGACGGCGUCCAGCACCGCAUGCUUGUCGAGGUGGCACUUGGAACCGACAACGUCAAGUACAUCACUUUCCGAUCACCACUCCUGGUCGAAAACAAGACCCAGAUUCCCAUCGAAGUCGGCGUCUUCAGCCCGGAAGACGGCCACCUUCUCAAGAUCGAGAAAAUCGCACCGGGCGAAGCGCGGCCUGCCCCAGUGGGUGCAGCGUUCGUACAUUCCCUGGUCUUGCGACCCGAUCAAGGUUUUGGCUACGGGUGGUCGAACGAACGGCUGUUCUGGAAAGACCUCCUCAAGAGGUCAACUCGAGCAAUUACUUGUGCGUCAGAAUCCAAAGACGAGUCGCCGGCGUUCUUCUUCCAGAUGCACGCCUCGUACGACGAGAAAGACCCCAUCACCAAGGUGUAUCCCUAUAUGCGGAUCCAGAUAUCAGCACCUGUCGAAAUUCAGAACCUGUUGCCGUACGACUUCAAGUACCGCAUCUACGACAAGAACACCAAGAAGGAUUGGACAAACUUCCUCCGCAAAGGAGGCGUGAGUCCUGUGCACGUGGUUGAGCUGUCGCAUCUCCUGUUGCUGAGUGUGGACGUGGAGGACGCACCGUUCAAGCAGAGUGACUUUGCUAUCAUCAACAGUAACACGCAGGAAGAUUUCCGGCGAGAGAAAGUGGUGCAACUGAAGGAUGAGAGGGGCGCUCAGUUGAGACUCAAGCUCCACUACACCAACAUUAAGAACAGCGGUGGAGCCUUCCGGGUGUCGGUCUUCAGCCCUUACGUCCUCUUGAACAAGACCGGCCUUGACAUGAGCGUUCAGAGCAAAGCUUUCUUUGGCUCUUCCUCAAAAUCCUCGUCGCCACACGGCCCGCGGUCCAGCUCGGGAGAAGGCAAAGCGUUGCCCAUGCUGUACUCGUAUGGCACUGAUGACCGCAAAAACCGCUCUCUCCUCAGGAUUGGAGACUCGGCAUGGAGCAAGCCGCAGAGUUUUGAUGCAAUUGGAAGCUCGUAUGAGGUCGUCUUGCCCGCGGCCUCGGGCAACUCUGAACUGCACGCUGGCGUUUCCGUGGCAGAAGGCGAAGGCAAAUAUAGUCUGACCAAGGUCGUGACGAUUGCUCCGCGAUUCGUGCUCAAGAACAAGAUCGGCGAAGAGGUUGAGCUACGAGAACCUGGUUCGUCAGAGGUGUGGAAGAUGAAGAACAAUGAGCUCCGGCCUGUCUACUUUAUGCGACAAUCUCCAGAAAAGCAGCUCUGCCUCUGCUUCCCGGGCGGCAAUAACCAGUGGUCGUCACCUUUCAACAUGGACAAUGUUGGCAUGACUCACGUCAAACUUGCUAAACAUGGCCAGCGACAGAAACUUAUUCGGGUCGAAGUCAUCCUUGAGGACGCCACGUUGUUCCUGCAUUUCAGCAUCGAGACGAAGCACUGGCCAUUUUCUAUGAGGAACGAAAGUGACACCGAGUUCUUGUUCUUCCAGGCCAACCCCAACCUGGCAGAAGACGAGGAAGAGGACCGAGGAAGUGGCUGGAAGCCUAUCAGAUACCGACUGCCCGCGCGAAGCAUCAUGCCUUAUGCUUGGGACUAUCCGGCGUCCAAGAACAAGGAGCUGGUUCUGACUGCUCGAGGCAAGGAGCGGUAUGUCAAAUUGGCCGAGAUUGGCAACCUGAUACCCAUCAAGCUACCGCCCGACGAGCGUGGAGGGCCAAUGAAGGCGAUUGAUGUCAAUAUCGUCGCCGACGGACCGACGCAGACUUUGGUGCUGUCUAACUACCAGCCGUCCAAGUCCCUGUACCGACAAAAGACCGGCCAGGCCGUGGCGUCUCAGACCAGUCUCAAUCAAGGCUUUGAGGUCAAGCAGAUCGAAUCCGAGGUCAACUUCAAAGCCGAGCUUCGGCUGGCCGGGUUCGGCAUCUCGCUCGUCAACAGCAAGCUCAAAGAACUCAUGUACGUCACUUUCCGCGAACUGGAGCUCAAGUAUGGCGACUCCAAGCUCUACCAGACGGUGAACUUCACGGUCAAGUGGAUCCAGAUCGACAACCAGCUGUACGGCGGUAUUUUCCCUAUUUUGUUGUACCCGAGCGUGGUGCCUAAGACCGGCAAGGAGCUGGAGGCUCACCCCAUCUUCCACGCCAUGGUGACUCGGGUCAAGGACGAUUCGUACGGCGUCCUGUACAUCAAGUACGCGACGUUGCUCCUGCAGCAGAUCACGGUCGAACUGGACGAAGACUUCAUCUUUGCCAUGCUGGAUUUUGUAAAGGUGCCGGGAGCGUCGUGGUCCGAAGAAAAAGAGGGCAAGCUGUGCGACGAGAGCGUCGAUAUCCCCGAGCCCACACGGGAGCAACAAGGCGAGGACGUCUACUUCGAGCUGUUACACCUGCAACCAAUCCAGCUCGACCUCUCGUUCGUCCGCACCGAACGAGUCAACGCGGAGGACAAUUUUGUCAACAGCCCUCUCAUGUUCUUUGUGAAUGUUAUGACCAUGUCCAUUGGCAACGUGAACGAUGCUCCCAUCCGGUUCAACGCGCUGUUGCUCGAGAACGCGAGGAUCUCUGUUCCGGCGUUGAUGACGAACGUCCAGAACCAUUACACGCAAGAAGCGUUGCGGCAAGUCCACAUCAUCCUGGGAUCGGCCGACUUCCUCGGCAAUCCUGUCGGCCUGUUCAACAACAUCAGUUCGGGUGUGGCCGACAUAUUUUACGAGCCGUACCAGGGUCUGGUCAUGACGGAUCGGCCGCAAGAACUCGGAAUUGGAAUUGCCAAAGGAGCCAGUAGCUUCGUCAAGAAGUCUGUCUUUGGCUUCAGCGACAGUAUGGCCAAGUUCAGCGGCUCCAUCUCCAAGGGCCUGGCCGCCGCCACGAUGGACAAGGAGUUCCAGGACCAGCGUCGCAUGGCGAGGAAUCGGAACCGACCGAAGCAUGCGCUGUACGGCGUGACUGCAGGAGGCAAUGCGUUUGCCGCGAGCAUGGCCAGCGGUAUCGGAGGUCUGGCCCGUCACCCGCUCGAGGGCGCGGAAAAGGAGGGCGCGCUCGGUUUCGUCAAAGGCGUCGGUAAGGGUGUUCUCGGCCUCGCGACCAAACCCGCGAUUGGGGCCUUCGACCUCGCAUCCAACGUGGCCGAAGGUGUGCGCAAUACCACGACGGUCUUCGACGCCGAAGGCUUGGAUCGCGUCCGGCUCACUCGCUUCAUCGGCAUGGAUGGCAUCGUGCGACCAUAUUCGCAGCGUGAAGCCCUCGGACAGUUCUGGCUCAAGACUUGCAACGACGGCCAGUUCUUCAACGAAGAGUACAUUGCACACCUGGAGUUGGAGGGCCGUGACAUGCUGGUAAUCAUCACAUAUGAUCGGAUUCUGAUGCUCCGGACGAAGAAGCUGCGCAUGGAGUGGGAUGUCAAGCUCACGGACAUCAAGACGAUCAGUAAAGAGCGCACAGGCAUGAGCAUCGGAUUGAAAGGCGGAGUGAAUGGUCCUUUCAUCCCGGUGGCGGAUGAAGGAAGCCGCAAUUGGUUGUACAGGCAAAUCGCCAUUGGUGAGUACUAUCCUGGUCAUGUCGACCAUCAUUAUCUGCGUUGGAUGGACAAUGUGCUAACCAUGAUCCCGGUAUAG